AGAGAGAGAGAGCAGGGGUUGUGUAUUGCUGCUGAUGAGAGAGAGAGAGAGAGAGAGAGAGCUAAAGCAUAAUCCGUCGACUAAAUAACAGGACCUCUCAUUUUAACUUUUGGAUUUCUGGUUAACGGAUAAAUCGCCGCCGAGGGAUUAAAAUAAAAGGAUUCGCGCUUUAUGGUACGAUUAUCGGUGGUCUCGAGCUGAUUUGAUCCCGCUAACAGGCUAAUAACAAGCGCAGGUGGAUGACUCGCGAGACUCGACCUGGAUGUUGUCCUGUUUUCGAGAAAGAUGUCUGAGGAAUCAAACCGAAUUAAGGAUUUAAAUCAUCUCUGACGGGAAUCAGAAACACAUCACGGGUCUUCUUUAUUUCGAAAUGGAAAAUCAAGCGGGGGUCGUGUGGGCCAGCUAACGUUAGUCGGCUAUUUGGUUUACCUCAGAUGUGGAGGAUGCUGAUGCAAAACGCACUAGAACAGUCUAUCAUUUAAGGGGUUUCGUUUUUGUUUUUAGUCUUAUAACAAACUGACAGCUGUUUAGAACAUAGUCUGUUGUGCUUAACAUAUAAAAUAAGUAAAGCUUUAUUCAAUCAGACUGCGAGACAAUCACGGUGUAAUGAUUGAAUACACUGCCUCGUGUUUAUAUAUCAUAACGACUUUAAAAAGGACUAUUUAAACCAGGGAAGUGUCAAGCCUGUUAUAAGUGUGCACUUAUAAUGAUUUGCUAAUGAGGUAGGCACAGUUUUUUAACAGUAGGAAGUUAGGGGUUAUGAAUUAACUCAAAUGGAAUUUGGAUGUAGAGUCUGAUAUUUGCAAUGAUGUAGCUUUCUAUUUUAUGUAUUCUCUUAUACAUGUAUAGUUUUUAAAAAUGUAUUUUUAUGAGUAGCAAUCUUAAGCAGUGAAGUAUUCUUAUUAUUAUGUGUUGAUUAGGAUGUGGAUCAGCAUGUUUUGAGAAGUCUUAUGUUAAAUGGAUUAGACGUGACUUGGAAUGAGGAACAGGGCCAACUAUUUUUUUUUUUUCAUGGAGAGAUUUGCAUAUCGGAAAAAAAUAUGAGCUGUAUUACAGCAGUGAAACAUUAUCCCUGUGUCUGCAAAAGUAAACAGUAGUUGAUCAUUUACAGGGAGGUGGACGCUUACGCAUGGGUCUUGACAAGGAUAUUUCUUUUGGUGCGUAUUCUGGAAGAGGCCACCAACUGCUUUUGAAUUCCGAACAUUAUUACUUUGUGGGAUCAUAACAAAGGAUUCGAAUUUCUGGGAUAUUUCCAUUUGUCAGAGGAGAGAACUCUUCUAUUCAAUGGAGCAAGUUCUCUCCAGCCCUCAGGGGUGUUCUGAGUGGGAGGUGAGCGGGAAAGCUGAGUGGGAAUCUGAGCAGAAUCCCCUCGGAUUUCUCCUUAUGGAUAAAGACAACAUUUCUGUUGGUGAUUCUACUAAUGAAAUAUUUCAGGAAAAAACCAUAAACCUAGAUGACCUGUUUUGGUCCUCUCAGUAUUCCGGGCAGACAUAUUCCUGGGAAAAUGGUUUGGAAUGCGUCUAUCCCGAAUGGACGACUCUGCCUCAUCCUUCCCAAGGUCUCAAAGGAGAGGGUUCGCCUGGAGGUUCUGAAAUUGCUGAUGGAGAUCUCAUCUGUUUUAAUUCUAGAUCUACUAGUCCUACACUCUCGAACAUACCCGUGGAGAACCAAAACAACUUUUCUGACCUUUCUGAACAGGUGCCUGAUUUCCUGCAACCUGUGGAGGUUACUGCCACUUCAAAUUCUCUAGAUGUGUACACAGGUGAGAUGGGUAUUAUUGACCCCACAAUUCAGUCUGACAAAACAAUACUACAAGAAACUCACCUCCUUGAUGACACACUUUUAACAAACUGUGAAUUCAGCAAUAAUUCCUUAGAGGAAAGAACAUUUGUGAACAUUGACAGUCAGUGCUUGCUUUCACUUGGGACUCAUCUCACUCUGGAAUCUGAUGGUUUGUUGCCCGUUUCUCCUGUGGCGUUGUCAUGUACAGAUACAAACUCAAAUCCCAAACCUUCAAUUAUUUGUCAGACACCUUUAUCUACACCAGAACACAUCUACCUCCCAUCCUCAACCCUUUCCUGUGAGGCCAUCCCUCCGACGACCUGUACAGAACCAACUGUCCUGUCAUUUCACGAAGGUAGUACUCUUCUUUCACUGAAUGAGAUGGAGAUGUUGUUACCUGGGCUGCUGGUUGGAGGUCUAUACUCUGAACAGGAGAGUAGUAAGCCCUCAGGUAGUAACGAGAUCCAUGACAAUGAUCUUCAGAGCCAAGACACAACAGACGCUAACAUAGAAACAACACAACUAUCUUCUGAAGCAGAUACUGUAUGUAGUACUCCAUUAGGUGAGUCUUGCAAAUCACCUGAACAUUGUGAAGAAGUGUUGUGUGAUUUAUCCACAGAAUGGACAUUUGAUGCACAGACGGUUGGAGAAAAGAUAGAGGAGGAGGUUGCAUCCAAUGCUACAACUGAAAAUGUUUUUUCUGAAGCAAAAACAGAACUCACACCAAUUGCUUUUGGUGAUAUACAAGCAGAAGAUCCUUCAUCUGAAAGCCUGCUUGACAAAGAUAAACAUAAAGAGUCUACAUCAGCCUUGUCAGUCUACACAUUUGAGAAUAAUGCAUUAAUUGACCUCUCGUCUGAAGAUGACAUCUUAUUUGAGGAUCACAGCCAGCCCAAACAUUCAGCUGAGGCUGAAGCCUUAUCUGAGGUGUCUCAUGACGGAGAUAUUCCUGAUUCCAUGUUUGAGAUCUUAACAGACAGCAUCUCUUGCAAAUCUGUGCCAUCUUUAGACUCUGUAAUUCCACCUGUGACAGAUGCUACUGAGAUAACAGAACAGGACAAAUGUGAUGCAAACUUACCUGAUCUUGAAUCUAAUGCACUCAUCCUUGAAUUUCAGAAUAAUGUAACAAAUGUAGAAACAGACAACGUAAAAGGUGACCCUGAGGCUAUGGAGACACAGCGAGCCGAUGUUAGACCCACAAUAGGUAACACAGAAGACUUCGACACACUCAAAGUUUUAGAGAGCUCAGAUCUGCAUCAAAAUCAAAAGGCAACCAAUUCUCAGAGUAAGUCGGACAGUUUGCAAAUUGUUAAUUUACACCUAGACGACAGUGAAGCUGACAACAAUCAAGAACUGAAUGGAAUGAGUGAAACCUGUCAGGAGCAAGUCAGUGCUCAACAAAAAGAGAGCACGCUUGUGGAAAAUCUCACACCUUUGGACCAACUGAAUGACUCUUUGACUGCAAACUUAAGUGCAAUUGUAAUAGAUACACCUGAAGAAAAUGUAACAGCUCACAAUGACGGUCUUAACACACCGCCGAAUGUUGAGGAGAAACUUCACAGUUUGUCUUUACAGGGUGGGGAGAGAUCAGAUUGCAGUUUGUCUACUCAGAAUCAAGUCAUACCUCAUUGUGCAAGUAAUCCUGAGUCCACUCCCUUCACCUGUGCAGGUGAUCAGCUGACCAUGACGGGUGGACUUGUGGGGCCGGAUCUUACAGAGACCACAGAGACUCCCAGCCAAUUGCGUGAAGCUACUGGUGAGGGAGAGGCGGAGUUUCCUUCUCAGCUUACACAUCAGGAGGAUUUCCAUCAGCUGACACUAUCACAGAUAUACCUGGCACAAGAGCAACAAGUGAGCUCAGUCGCCCCCAGCUCUCCUCCCUCACACAGAAAUGUCUUUCCCUGUGGAGCCAGCCUGGAUAGGGAGGCCUACCUGACCUUGAUGGAGAAUAAUCCUGAUGCACCCAACAUUACCAAACAUGCAGAAAUGACUCUGGAUCUGUGCAAGGCCUCAGAUGCUCUGCCGACCAAAUCGCUCCAUGACCAGAGGGUCCCCGUGGAUUUGAUAAACGUGCCUAUAGUUUCCGCAACAGCCCAUAAAAGCGAGGAGCAGUCACCUCUCCGAGCAGUUUUCCAGGCUCUGGAUCAGGACGGGGAUGGAUUUGUCCAUAUUGAGGAGUUCAUCGAGUUUGCAAAAGCAUAUGGAGCCGAACAGGUGAAGGAUCUGACACGGUUCUUGGAUCCCAGCGGUCUGGGUGUGAUCAGUUUUGAGGAUUUCCACAGAGGCAUCAGCGCAAUCAGCAAUGAAGGAUCUGAUCCAGACCUCUACAAGACUCAUCUCAGUGCAGUGGAAGUCAGUGGACCUCCAGAGGAAUACGACGAGCAGGCGGAGGUCUCGGACAGUGCCUAUCUCGGAUCGGAGAGUGCCUAUAGUGAGUGUGAAACCUUCACGGAUGAGGACACAACGGCUCUGGUCCAUCCAGAACUUCAUGAGGAUGUGGAGACCGACAGCGGCAUUGAAAACACACUCACAGAUGGAGACGAUCGCAACAGGUUCACAUUGGGCUCUGAUUUGAAUGGCCACACCCUCGUGGCCGUGAUUGGAGGAGAGGAGGAGCACUUUGAGGAUUUCGGUGAGAGUAACAACACUUCAGACCUGCUGCUGGCCAAUCAGGAGGAUAGAGGGGCGGGGCCAGAGGAGGAGGGAACUACAGAGCCACACCCAGAAAGCCCACUCCCCCGCCCCCUGAUGCUGCUCUCGCCUAGCCCCAGCUCUUUUCCUGCUAGUUUCCAGAGUUUCCUUCAGUCGGAGGCACUGGAGUUUUUCUGCACUCACUGUCAUAAGCAGUUCAGUCGUCUGGAGGAUCUGUCCACGCGACUGCAGUUGCUAGAGAUGAAUAGUUCCAGCAAGAGGCUGUCCACUAAGAAAGCAGCAAGACACUUGCAGCAGUCUGGCACUCUGGAUGUCAUGGGAGAUCUGUCUCAAGACAUUUUGGACCUUGCAGAUCGUGACAUCACAGACAAGGUGUUGCUGUUGGAGAAGCGCGUGUGUGAGCUGGAGAAGGACUCGUCAGAGAGCGAAGAGCUGCAUGCACGUCUGCGGCAGGAGAACCUCACUCUCGUCCACCGCGCAAACGCUCUGGAGGAACAGCUGAAGGAGCAGGAGCUGCGCGCAGAGGACAACUUACUCAUGCACACACGUAAACACAGAGAUACUCUGAACAAACUCCAGCGAGAGAGAGACCUGGAGAUCGAAAACCUCCAGGCCAGGUUGAAUCAGUUGGAUGAGGAGAACAGUGAGCUGAGGUCAUGUGUUCCCUGUCUGAGAGCCAACAUUGAGAGACUUGAGGAGGAAAAGAGGAAACUUCAGGAUGAGGUCGACGACAUCACAGAUCGACUGACUGAAGAAAUCGAAUCUCGCAGGAAAAUGACCGACAAACUGAGCCAUGAACGUCACACAAACCAGAAAGAGAAGGAGUGCACUCAGGGGUUGAUAGAGGACUUAAGAAAGCAGCUGGAACACCUGCAGCUGUUUAAGUUGGAGACUGAAGCGAGAAGAGGCCGAUCGGCCAGCUCCGGCCUGCAGGAAUACAACAGUCACAUGAAAGAGAACGAACUGGAGCAGGAGAUACGCAGACUCAAACAGGAUAACCGAAGUCUGAAGGAGCAGAACGACGAGCUGAACGGUCAGAUCAUAAAUCUGAGCAUCCAGGGAGCAAAGAGUCUGUUUUCAGAGUCACUCUCAGAGUCACUCGCUGCCGAGAUCAACAACGUCUCCCGCGCUGAGCUGAUGGAGGCCAUCCACAAACAGGAGGAGAUCAACUUCCGCCUGCAGGACUACAUCGACCGCAUCAUCGUCGCCAUCAUGGAGUGUAACCCCUCCAUCCUGGAGGUCAAAUAAUCAUUAUGGCAAUGACCCUGAUUUAUGAACUGAAACGGGAGGCGAGAGGCUUAAAGAACAGACUUGCAGAUGAUGUGAAGAUUCCAAUCAUUAUUUUGAUCAAAUAAUUUAAUAAUUCAGAGCACUGUUAGUUGAAUGUGUAUGUGUGUGUGUGUGUGAACAGCCCUGUCCUUCGGUUCCUGUGACUUCCCUCUGUUUUGGGAUUGAGGUGCCCAUUCCCUCUUUGUAUGUGUUCACAAUUCAUAGACUGGAUUCCAGUGUAAGAAAAUAGUUUAAGUUACCAGUGUAAGUCUGGUUUAAGCAGUCACAACGUUGGCCCAUGUGAGGGACAUUUGCUGACCUGAGGGUUGAGCGUGUGCGUACGAUUAAAGCUCCUAAUUGAGUUUUUGCAAAAUGUUAGUGCUGUUUUCAGUUGCGUUUUUUUUUCCUUAAAAUUCUUAUUUAUUACAAUGAUGCAGAAGGCAAAGGAUCAAGAGAGGUCGACGCCCACCAAGGGAGCUCGCAAUGUUGCAUUGUGGGUAAGGUAAUCGGUCCUUUGCUUUUUUUUUUGCGGAGGAUAUUCGUCAGCUGCCUCCUGUCAUGGAUUCUUUCCAAAAGACUUUGAUUUUCUGUACAGAAGACUCUUUAAAACUCACUGGAAAUGUUCAUUGCACUCUGGUUAAUUUUAUUUUUUGAGAUAAUAUUGUUUGCUAUUUAAAUUGUUUGAAAGAAAAUGAAGUGAAGUUGUUCCAUCGACGUUGGCGGGAAAAAGAAGCGGACACUUGAAGCACUGAAGGGAAAUCGAACCGUUGACUGACACGCGGGAAAAAAUUACUUGCUUCUUUCUGCUUUUCAAAAUUCUCUCUCUGGUGAAAUCUGGUGUAAAUAUUGAUCUAGAAAGUUUGUAUUUUUCGUUCUUGGAAUCGUAUUUGUAUGGACAAAUGGAAUUAAGAUUCCGUUUAAUUUUGUCUUCCACUUGAUUUCAUCUGUUCCAGCGCGCCAUUAUGGAAGUACAUCCCGCUCAUCUGGAACAAGCAUGUUUGAUUUUUUUUUUUUUUUCUGGAAAAUCCAGUGGAGAGUUUAAAUUAAAGAUUUUUGGAUUGUGGAAAAGCACGCUGCAGUUCACAUUUUCCUUCCCCCAACUCUUUUAAGAGCCAUCCUAUCAGUUUUUUCUUACAAGACGAUGAACAUUCGAAGACGCUGCUGUCACGUGACGUCUGUAUGGCUGUUUAAAAGCUACUGUAAUGACUGAUAUAACUUAAAGCGCGGGAAACUUUGCUUCUGUAUACUUUUGAAUACGUGCGUUUCCCGCCGUCUGUCUCUUUCCUUAAUUUCCUUACAGAGACAAUUAGGAAAGAGCUGAAUCUACUGCUCUUGACCUGUCUGGUGUUGAACAGCUGUUGUAUAUGAUUUAAGAUAUGUUAAUACGCAUUUUCAGUGUCCAAAGACAACAUUUCACCGCUUAGAAGGAGUUCUGCUUGCCACUUAGACUGUAAUAAAAGACUAAUGAUAGUUAUAAAUACAUGUUAAUAAAACAACCAAAAAAACGACUCCUCGUAAUGAAGGAUACAAUUGUAAAAAAAAAAAGAAAUGUUUACUCGUUAAGGUUAUUGUAUAAAUGAAAGAUAUCAGUAUUGUCUUCUGUUGAAUGUUUUGCUUUCUUUUGAAGAUUCCCCCCCACCAUAAGAUGUAUCUUUUAUUGUUCGGGGUCUUAUAGAUUUUCAAAUAAUUGUAUGAAGGUUAAAAUACAAGUGAAAAUAAAAUUAGUCACCAAUAAAUUAAGUGCAAAUAA